AUGUCUGUGCUUUUGGAACAGCAAGCAGGUCCAAACCUGACCGAUCCCGGUGCUCUUCCCAUUCGGCUACCACCUAUAGACAGCACGUCGGGUGCGCUACUCAUUGGCACCUUCAUAGGACUUUUCCUCCUGGGCUUGAUUCUCCACCAAGCUGAGCGGUACGCCCGUGACUCUUUGUGGAUCAAGUCGUUGGUCGCACUGAUGGUAUUCCUGGAAAUCGCUUCAAGUGGGAUAAAUGUGCACGUGUGCUAUCAUUCUUUAGUGACGAACUACUUUCACCCCGAACGAGCUGUCAACAAUACGUGGACAAUCAGCCUCACUCCCCUGACUACGGAGGUCACAUUGUUUUUGACUCAAGGCUGGUUCGCUCGACGUCUGUGGAUUCUUGGACCUCGAUACAGACCAGUGGUCAUAGUAGCGUGCGUGUGUAUCCUCGCUGAACUCGGGGUGAUCAUGGCCCCGACGAUUCAUUUGUUGGGGUCUACGUACUCGCAAGCAUCUGAGGAGGUUCCAUACGUGUACCUCAUACCUACGAGCUUUGCGCUGGCUCUUGCGGUGAACGUCAUGUUGACGAUCCCACUGAUCUAUACACUUCAAGUUCAUCGCAAACGCGCGGGUUUUAGUAGGAGCACGAACGCAAUGCUCGAUAUACUCAUUCUAUACUCGGUCAGCACCGGUCUUCUCAACGGCGUGUUCGACCUCAUCACGCUCAUCCUUGCAUUCACGUUUCUGCGCGACUAUCUGUACACCAUACCCGCAUUACCGGCAGGCAAACUAUAUGGCAUCACACUUCUCGCUGCCCUUCACUCGCGCCGCACAGUCCGAGAAAGGGGGCAGUCCAGGCACGACGAUGUCAGUGAAAUGGUUUUUGGUGUCAGCGUGCUCCCGCAGGCAGCACCGCCGAGUGCGGAUACCAGACUGCCCUCGCAAAGGGAACGCAUGCAUGCGCAUCGGCUCGCUCCUAUGUCUAGGGUAACUGAGAAUUCGGACGUGAUCGAGCUCAAAGCCCUCGGGUCAACACCCUCACACUAUGGGGACACGGCGCACAAGAUGGACAUGUCCGCGAAGGCAGGGAAUCCCGGACAUUCUGACCUUGCGAGCGGAUCGAGGACUGCCUCUGAGUCCGAUCUCGUCUGA